AUGUCGUUUCAGAACCUGUUUGUGGCGAAGCUUCCCCGGAACCUGAACGAUGCAGACCUUGAGCAGAUCUUCGCGGAGUACAAACCAAUUAGUGCCAAGGUGAUGCUGGAUGCCUCCACUGGAAAGAGCAAAGGCUUCGGUUUCGUGCUUUUUAACACAGAGGAAGAGGGGAGUAAAGCGUACAAGGAACUUAACCGAAAGAGUACAAAGGCCUGCCGGCACAACUUUAAUCUUGUUAUUUACCCGUCUCAGCACUCUGGUAAAGCAGCAUUUUCGGUAUCUAAUGCUCUGUAUAUUCGCAAUAUUCCUAUUACGGUUCCACAAGAGCAGGUGGAGCAGUUCUUGGCGUCUUUCGGCACCCUGACGUACUGCGCGACGCGGGAAGACCACUACGGCAACCCGGUGUGGGUUGUGUACGCCGAGUACGACUGUCUUGAAUGCUCCAAGAAUGCGCUGCAGAAAUUACACGGCCGGAACUGUUAUUUCAACUCUAACUCAUCCAUCAUGGCGAAGUAUGCAGACAGUGAGGAGACAAAGCAAGAACGCCGCCGCCGUCGCGAGGAAGGUCAGUUGGCCCCCGCCCCGGCGUCUCGCUGCGCCUGCCUGUUUCCCUUACAAUCACAGUUCGUAUGUUCGUGGCCGGUGUUGCCUGAAGGAUCGGCGUCGACUUCAUUUGCCGCUACGCCUUCCGUUUCUGCUGAGUUGCCCGUGUGGUCGAACCCCGCAGUCAGCAACAGCAGCCCCGUAGAGAGCAGCAAGAGCAACAGCUUUGGGCCGGAUACAAACGACGACGGCCCUCGCAAAAGUCCUGUUAUGGUGUACCGCCACAACCCCUACUCGCUUCUCUCCUUCGGGAAGAGUACACCCAAUGCCCCGAAGUUCGGCAAUCCGGCGAUGCCUUCCAAAUCAUUUUGA